CGUGGCGAAGGAGGAUGUUUUCGUAGAUUUUCGCAACGUUUCACGCCUGCCUUCUCUGCUCGACAGGGAAUCAACCGCGUUUCCAAUCGGUUCCCCACACAUUGUCCUGACCUGAGGCACCGUCACUGCAGUUGCGUGUUAGGCCACAUUUUGACACUUUGUCUGAAGCGCUCACGCUUAUUUUGUGUUGAUUUAUUUCCCUGACGACUUCCCCUCUUCACUUUCUCCUUCCCACCCUCCUCGUUCUCUCUGUUUGUUUCCCUUAAUACCUGAGAUACCCAACCACCAUCAUGAGCACGGAAUCCAUCAUCAUCCUCGGCGGGUCCUUUGCUGGACUGGGCGCUGCUCACUACGCGCUCAAGCACGUUGUUCCCCAGCUUCCAAAGAAAGAAGGCACCACUUACAAUGUCACAAUUGUCAGCCCAUCAAAGGAUCUCUUCUGGCGCAUUGGUGGUCCACGAGCCUGUGUUUCGAAGCAGCUCAUGCCAGCGAGCAAGAUGUUUUUCCCUAUUGAGCCAGCCUUCAAUAGCUACCCUAAAGGAAGCUUUGUAUUCAUCCAGGGCACUGCUACUCACGUAGACUCGGCUGGCCAAACCGUAUCCGUCACUACCCCAUCCGGAGAGCAGACGCAAAUCCCCUAUGCGGCUCUCGUCAUUGCGACCGGCUUCUCGACCCCGUCUCCCCUCUUCACGCAAGCUACCGACGCCACCGCCCUCCAAUCUACGUGGGAUGUCUUCCAGAAGCAGCUUCCCUCCGCUAAAACCGUCGUCAUUGGUGGCGCCGGCCCCGUUGGCGUGGAGACCGCGGGAGAGAUUGCUGAGGCCCUGAAUGGCAAGCCAGGCUUCAUGGCCUCGGCCCCGAAGAACCCCAAGGCAAAGGUCACACUCAUCUGCGCGGAGAAGAAGAUGUUGCCGAUUCUGCGAGAAGCCAUCUCCAAGCAGGCAGAGACGUUCUUGAAGAAGCUCGGUGCUGACGUUGUCUACAACACAAAGGUGGUGUCUACGAGCCCAUCAGGAGAUGGUGAGGGCACAAAGACUACGGUCACGCUCUCCGACGGCAGGACUAUUGAAGCAGAUAUCUAUAUCGACGCUACGGGUGUCCGCCCCAACACUUCAUUCCUCCCGAAGGAGUGGCUUGACAACCGCAAUCGUGUGGCAUGCAAUCCGAAGACCCUUCGGGUCGAGGCAGCUGGACCCCGCGUCUACGUCGUUGGCGAUGUCGGCUCUUACACUCGUGGGGGGGCCAUCGAUCUUGGCGAUGCCAUUCCCGUGGCUAUGACGAACCUCAGGACCGACCUCACGGCUCUGAUUAGCGGAAAGGAAGCCGGCCCAGACCGAGUAUAUAAGGCCAACCUAAGCGAGCAGCAGAUUUGCCCAAUUGGCACCGGAAAAGGCGUUGGGGCGUUCGGAGGCCACAAGCUCCCGAGCUUCAUGGUCUGGGCUAUCAAAGGUCGGGACUACAUGUCGGGGCAGCUUGCGCCGCAGAUCUUGAGUGGUAGCAGCUUCAGCAAGGAGGGGAAAUGGACUCCAGAGCCAGUUGCUGCUACGAAGGCCAAGACUGGAUUGGCGAGUGGUUAGAUCGCGAAAUUGUGAGAGACGUGGUACGGGAGGGCAAAGGGAUGGGAGGCAAGGAUUAUGUAAUAGUUGGGAGAUUUCCGGGAGGGGGUUCCAGGCAUUGCAUUUUCAUCAUAUACCCUAAAAUGAUCCACGCAGGGUGGCGAUGGGGCGGGGUAGAGCAUGAUUCGGAUGGCUUUUUCGGACUCAUAGUCAAGGCUUAAUACAAUAAUGAACAUGAACUUCAUGGACAAUCUUGUACUCUAUAUAAGGAAGGAGUGUGCGAAAUGG